CUUUUUGUUUUCUUCUUCCUCUGCGUGAUUUCUCGAUAGAUUCUAGGGUUUCUAUCUGGGAACACUUUCGCUUCCUGGGUUCUCUUGAUCUAGGAGGGUUAAGCAUAUAAAAAGUCUGUAUCUUUCGUCGAAUAAAAGAUGUAUGCUGAUAGAUUGGAGUCAGAGUCUGGAACCAGGAAACUCGUAAAGGAUCGAAUCAAUGGCGGUUCUAGCGACAACUCUACUCCCUCCCGAAAAGUGACUGGGAAAAGGCAAAGGCAGGAAGAUGACAAAUGGGAGCAUGAUCUUUUCAGUAGUGACAAGCCUCAACUCUCAAAUCGCAGAGUUGAUUCUAGAGACCUUCGCGUGAAGCUCCAGAAGAGACAUCAUGUGUCUCAAGGCGGGCGAGAAGGUGGCUCAGGCGUGCGGGAUUUAAGGGAAACGCUCUCUGGGACAAUGAAUACGCAACACCCGCCAAAAUCGAAAGUGGAGACUGCUAGACCAAGCUUGAAGAGUGUAGUGACUGAAACUGCAACAGAGACUACUAGAAAAACUCCCAGUCAAGCUACCAGGAAGAAAUCGCAGCAGAUGGGCGCAUCUGUUGAUAACUUUCUGGAAUCAUUGGGUCUUGAGAAAUAUUCAACAGCUUUUCAAGUAGAAGAAGUUGAUAUGGAUGCUCUCAUGCAUAUGACAGAUGAUGACCUCAAGGCUAUGCUUAUACCAAUGGGCCCGAGGAAGAAGAUACUUCUUGCUUUGGGAUCCAAACGCUAAUAGUUUAGUGUCUUUCGCUUGAUGGCUUUCAAGCUUAGCUGAACGGUCUCAGUCUACAUUAAGAUAUUGUCGAAAUUAUUCCGGAUUUGGCUUUAUUUUUUUCUCGUAUUCUUUCAAGAAGGUCAGAAUUUUGGUGGUUGACAUGUGUAAUGUUAAAUAUAGUGUGACAAACACUACCAGUUUGCACCACUUUUGAUGUGAGAUAAGUUUCUAAGUUCAA